GGCGUGCGCGUCGAGCCGACGACGGGUAAAAGCAGAGCAGAGCAAAACGGUUUCCGUCCGACGACUUGACCGUGAAAGGGAAAGGAAAAUAGAAACGCGUGUGACGUGUGCCUUCCCGUGCGUCUCCGAGGGCGACAGGGAAAGAAAGGAAGGAAGGGGAUGAGCUCCGCCGCCGCCGCCUCCUCGUCGGCGUCGCCGGUGCCGCCGGAGGACGACGUAUGCUCCGUCUGCCACGACCGCUUCCGGAUCCCCUGCCAGGCCAACUGCUCCCACUGGUUCUGCGGAGAGUGCAUCAUCCGUGUUUGGAAUCAUGGAGCUGCUGUACAGCCUUGCAAGUGUCCCAUUUGCCGCCGCCUGAUAAAUCUUCUGGUACCUGCUAAUGUAUCAGAUGAUCAGAAUGAUGAUCCCCAACUUCAGCGUGUGUUGGGAGAGAUUCAGCACUACAAUCACAUAUUCGGUGGAGCACCACGCAGCCUAACUCAGAGGUUGCAAGACCUACCGUUUUUCAUACGGAGACUGUUCAGAGAACUAAUGGAUCCCCAGAGGACCCUCCCACUUGUCUUCAGGGCGAGGAUGAUUCUGAUGGUGAUCCUGAGCGGAGUGUACGUGCUGAGCCCGGUCGACAUCCUUCCCGAGAGCGUGCUGGGGUUGUUUGGGUUCUUUGACGACUUCCUCAUCCUGGUGAUCGUGUUCCUCCACCUUGCUGCCGUGUACCGGUCGCUGCUCCUGUACCGCCACGGCGGCCAUUGAUCUGGACUUGGCGCGCCGCUGAUGAUGCAUAGUAGCAGUAGUUGGUGGGCACGGUUGCGCGUGGCGAUUUGAGAUCUGAUUUGUACGGGAAUUAAACGUCUUGCCGUGUUGAUGAGAGCUGAGCGGCUUUAUGUUGGUUUGCUGGAUGGAUCAUGGAUGAUGCACAAACACGCUGUAUGUACUUUUAGCUUAUUAUUACCAUUGUCAGUGCUAGUUCCAGAAAGAAAAUAAAAUAAAAGAAAAGAGCAACAGGAAGUUGCUUAUUCUUGUGCCA